AUGAUGUGCGAAGUGAUGCCCACUAUUAAUGAGGACAACCGUAGGGGUUCCACCUACAGUUCAGAUGAUGCCAACUUUGAGCAGCUUAUGGUGAACAUGCUAAAUGAGCGGGAAAGGCUGCUAGAGACACUUAGAGAGACUCAGGAGAGUCUGGCAACAGCGCAAUUGCGUUUAAGGGAACUGGGACACGAAAAAGAGUCCCUACAAAGGCAGCUUACAAUCGCCCUACCACAGGAGUUUGCAGCUCUCACUAAGGAAUUAAACUUGUGUCGAGAGCAGUUGCUCGAGCGAGAGGAAGAGAUUGCUGAACUGAAGGCAGAGCGAAACAACACUCGGUUGCUUCUCGAACAUUUGGAAUGCUUGGUGUCCCGGCACGAGCGAUCUCUGAGAAUGACCGUGGUGAAGCGUCAGGCUCAGUCACCUGCUGGUGUCUCCAGUGAGGUAGAAGUUUUAAAGGCUCUAAAGUCCCUCUUUGAACACCACAAGGCCCUGGAUGAGAAGGUGCGAGAAAGAUUGCGCGUUGCCCUCGAGAGGGUGGCAGUACUGGAGGAAGAGCUAGACAUGUCCAGUCAGGAGUCUCUCUCUCUUCGGGAACAGUUAGCAAGAAGAAGAUCAGGAAUUGAUGAUAGUAAAGAUGGAGAUUCUCAGAGCUCUAUCUUACUAAAUGGUUCCUCUCACCUGGAACUGCGUGGAGGCCGUGAGUCUGAGCUCGAAGAGAUGCUUGAAAAACAAAGGCUGGAGCUUUGCCAGCUAAAGGAACGUUUAACCAUGAUGUGCCGUCAAAUGGCUGAGCUGGAAGAGGAGCUAAACACAGCCCAGAAAGAUCUCAUAAAAUCAGAAGAGGUUAGCGCAAAGUUACAGCGAGAUCUGAAGGAGGCAUUGGCACAAAGAGAAGAUAUGGAGGAACGGAUAACCACUCUAGAGAAGCGUUACCUUAGUGCACAGAGAGAAGCCACUUCAUUACAUGAUGUCAAUGACAAACUAGAGAAUGAACUUGCGAGUAAAGAGUCCCUUCACCGACAGAGCGAAGAGAAAAACCGGCAGCUACAGGAGUGGCUGGAGGACGCCAAACAGAAGUUGCAGCAGACCCUGCAGAAGGCGGAGACUCUUCCAGAGAUUGAAGCUCAGCUGGCGCAGCGAGUGGCAGCUCUCAGCAAGGCGGAGGAGCGACAUGGAAAUUUUGAGGAGAGGCUCCGGCAGCUGGAAGCGCAGCUAGAGGAAAAGAACCAAGAACUGCAGCGGGCCCGACAAAGGGAGAAGAUGAAUGAUGAGCACAACAAGCGCCUUUCUGAGACUGUCGAUAAACUUCUGUCUGAAUCGAAUGAGAGGCUGCAACUACAUCUUAAGGAGAGGAUGGGAGCCUUGGAAGAGAAGAACACACUCUCAGAAGAAAUAGCUAACAUGAAAAAGCUACAGGAUGAGCUCCUACUUACUAAGGAGCAGCUAGUUGCUGAGAUUGAAAGGAUGCAGCUCGAAAUUGACCAGUUACGGGGUAGACCUUCUUCCACUUAUUCCAGAUCUCUCCCUGGAAGUGCACUAGAGCUACGCUAUUCGCAGGCGCCAACCUUACCAAUGGGCGCUCACAUGGAUCAUUAUAGCAGCACAGCUGUGAUCAGGCGGCCCAAGAAAGGGCGCUGGGCGGCAAUGAAAGAUGAUCCAUCCAAGGAAUGGGAGCGAGCACAGCAAGCUAACGUACUGGCCAAUGUAGCUCAAGCUUUCGAAGGUGACUUAGACGGUUCCGAUGAAGAUGACAGAGAUACCAUCUUCAGCUCAGCUGAUCUGCUGUCACCAAGUGGUCAGACGGAUGUGCAGACACUGGCGAUUAUGUUGCAGGAGCAGCUGGAGGCCAUCAAUAAAGAAAUCAAGUUAAUUCAGGAAGAAAAAGAAACCACAGAACUACGUGCCGAGGAAAUUGAGAGCCGAGUCACCAGUGGCACUCUAGAUGGGUCACUUGGACGAUAUCGCUCUGCCAGUUCCAUCCCCACCUCUGUUACAACCUCAACCCUGGCCAGCCCCUCACCCCCCAGCAGUGGACAUUCCACCCCACGCAUCACCCCUCACAGCCCUGCAAGGGAGGGCGAGAAAUUUAAUCAUGUUCCCAAAGAAGAUGGGCGAGAUGAGAAGGCUUUGUUACAAUGUGAAACCACCCCUCCAAUGACACCUCGAGCAGUGCGGCUUGAAAGGAUGACGCAGGCGCUUGCACUCCAAGCUAACGCACUGGAAGAUGGAAGAGACCAAAGGGCUAGUCUUUCAGCAGACGGUUUGGGAGGAACAAACAGCACCAGCCAAGACUCUCUGCACAAAGCUGCCAAAAAGAAAAGCAUCAAAUCCUCAAUUGGGCGCCUCUUUGGCAAGAAAGAGAAGGGGCGCAUGGGGCAGAUGGGACGUGAAUCUUCUUCUCUGGCUGGAACACCAUCUGAAGAGACCUCUCCAGCUGACCCCAUGGGACUGUCCAAGUUAGCUGGUCCAGUAGACAAGGAUAGGAGAAACAAGAAGAAGCAUGAGCUCUUGGAAGAAGCCUGCAGGCAAGGGUUGCCGUUUGCAGCCUGGGAUGGACCCACUGUUGUUUCAUGGUUGGAGCUUUGGGUUGGAAUGCCAGCCUGGUAUGUUGCUGCAUGUCGUGCUAAUGUGAAAAGUGGAGCAAUCAUGGCCAACCUGUCUGAUACAGAAAUCCAGCGUGAGAUUGGCAUCAGUAAUCCACUUCACCGCCUGAAAUUACGCCUGGCCAUACAAGAGAUGGUGUCGCUCACAAGCCCAUCUGCACCAGCUACAUCACGCACGUCAACAGGCAAUGUUUGGAUGACCCAUGAAGAGAUGGAAACUCUGACAGCAACUACUAAACCUAUUUUAGCUUAUGGUGACAUGAACCAUGAGUGGGUGGGUAAUGAUUGGCUUCCCAGUCUGGGUUUACCACAGUACCGCAGCUACUUCAUGGAGUCAUUGGUGGAUGCUAGAAUGUUGGAUCACCUGAACAAGAAGGAGCUUCGAGGACAACUCAAAAUGGUGGACAGUUUUCACAGAGUAAGCCUCCAUUACGGUAUCAUGUGCCUAAAGAGACUGAAUUAUGAUAGAAAGGAUCUAGAAAGGAGGAGAGAAGAGAGUCAGAACCAUUUGAAAGAUGUCAUGGUCUGGUCUAACGAGAGGGUGAUGUGCUGGGUGCAGUCUCUAGGCCUAAAGGAGUACGCCAAUAACCUGCUGGAGAGCGGUGUACACGGAUCCCUAUUGGCACUGGAUGACACCUUUGACUGCAACGAUUUAGCUCUGUUACUACAGAUCCCAACGCAAAACACCCAGGCACGACAAGUGCUGGAAAAGGAAUUUAGCAAUCUCAUUACCAUGGGGACAGAACGAAGACUGGAUGAGGAUAGUGCCAAGAGUUUUAGCCGUUCUCCCUCUUGGAGAAAAAUGUUUCGUGAGAAGGACCUGCGUGGGGUCAGUCCGGACUCAGCUGAAAUGCUGCCAGCAAACUUCCGGACCGCAGCAGUCUCCUCCAUUACCUCACCCGCUGUGCAGCUCCGUAAGAUGCAGUCUGAAGGGAGCGCUUCCAGCAGCCCUCGUGCAGACAAUGUCUCUGUCAGAACUUACUCCUGUUAAUGAUGUACUGAUGAGGAAACGUUAUUGGGGCAAUAAGGUCACUGAGGGCACUUGUUUGUCAUUCAAUCACUUCGUCAGAGCAUCUGGGUCAAGUAGAUUGUUCCCAAUAUUUGCACUUCUUACUCAACUGGACGCUGUGUGGUGCCAGGAUGUAUCGAGCGUUGGAAUGCAAGUAAAGCUGUUCUUAAACCCUCUGCAAAAUCCUAAGCAGGCUCUUCAUACCUGAGACUUGGAGCUUUCUGUAUGGACCCUGACAACAACAUGGUCUACGUGAGGAAUGGGCUGCGCAUGCAAAGAAAAUCUGUCCCCUUCUAACCAUUUAUAUAUUUGACUUCUCCAAUGCUAAAGACCUUAUAGGGCUAAAGGGAUAAACGGUGAAGGAGAAAUAUCUAAAAUAUGGAUGGGAAAGAGGGAAUAAUGAAUAUUCUAUAUUAGACAUAGACUGUGUGUUUUUGUUCUGUUCAGUUCUUUUUGAGCUAUGCAGAUUGCAGCUAUCACCCACCCUUAAACCUCAGAGAAAUCUGCCUGGAGAUUCAAUAUAAAGCCAUGAAUCUGCUGAUUCAAGGGGAUUUGACAUAUGUCUCUUUUGGUGACUGUUCAGAACCAUUCCUUAACUCAAUCAGGUUACGAUCUGUUUUCAUUUAAUAAGCUUUGAUGGCUCUUUGUGGCCACAACGCCAGAAUCCUGGCAUGGAGUUAGCAGUACCAUUGAAUGGUCUUAUUUAUUAUUAUUUAUUUGUUUUGUUUUUCUUACACUGCCAGUCUGAGCAAACACUACUAAAUGCAGAGAAUGGCAUUAAUGCACAACCAGCUCAUGUUCACAAGAGAUUACAUUUUAAUUUGGUACUCAUGGAACAGGGUAAUUAAUAGACUUUGUUACAUCCUCCCAUGAAUCAGCCAAACCUUUGUAAUCUGAAUGGUGAUAAAAUGUUUAUUAGGGUUUACAAUUUAUUGUUUACAGGUGAAAAGGGAGCCGGUAACAUUGAGUGUUCCUAAUCUUCUAUGCCGUUUGUGAGUCUGUAAGUGCUAGAUAUUUUGGAUACAUGGUUGAUGGAUUUCUUAUUCUACCAUUGUGUGUCUCGCACUUUCACUUUUUUUAUGUGUUAUUCUUCGAAGGGCCAACAUAACCCUAUCUCCUAUAGUACGGGGAAUUCCAGAAAUAUAGUGACACAGACUGGUAAUAAAAAAGAAUCUCUGCCGAGUCACUUGAAAAGAUAAAUGCCUUAAGAAGCUUAAAUGUUUUUUGCUCUAGUGGCUUGUGGGAGAUCAGGUAGCAUAAAAUUAUAUUUGUUUCGAAUCUCAUUACAUAAUCUUUAUGUAUAUGGUCUGUGUUUCCAUAUGGUAUUUUAAAUUAAAAUUACAGCUCUUAUUGCUGCUAAAAUAAUAUAACCCUUUAAUGAUUCCUUCUUAGGACGCAGGACAGUCAAGUAAUCUUUAGAGAUACAGGUUGCAUGUCAUGUGACAGCUUAGAUUGUUAGAGAUAUUAAGAGAAAUGCUGGAUCUUUGGUAUCACCCUGUCUUGUUAUGUUUUGCAAUUUUUUUUAUUUUUUUUUUUGUCAUAAUUGUGCCAAAUUUCUAUUGGUUGUUAAGGUUAGCUUUUGUGCUUGAAUCUUUGUUAGAAACCUCUUCAAACUACCCCACUCCGAUGUGGUAAUAUCUGUGAGUUUUAGCAGACGAUUACUUUAAAAGGAUGUACAGGUUGAUUACAAAUUUAGACAGUAAAUAUUUUUAAAGACUAAUUGUAAUUAAUACCUUUUUAAGAAGUGCUAAGAUUUAUAUCUUUUAUAAGGUGCUGAAAUUGCUAUUCCCAUUGGCACUUUCCAAUCCAAUACUAUAUGCACAUUUUUAUAUUAUUCUUCAUCUGCUAUGGAUUGGCUGUGGACACAUGGGUUUAUACCUGCAGCCAAUCCAGAGCCGAUAUGGGAGUAACUUACUGGUGCAUAAAUUGGAUAGGAGUUCGCACCUUGGACAUUGGUGAUUUUGGUGGAGUUUAAAAUGUUUUAUUCUUUAUAGGUAUACAUUACAAUUAUAUCUUCCAAUGCAUUUGAUAUAAAUGCUUUAACUUUUAUACACUUUUUAUGUCCCUUUAAAGGGUCACCAACAGAUGGAUGUAGACAGCUGUUUAUUGAAGUUGAGCACUAUUUCAGAAAAGGUCAUUCUCAAUUUGCAAGUUUUUUUUCCUUUCAGUAUUCUGGAAAGACCACUAGUCCCUGUUAGAUAAGAGGAUGGAUUAUCUUCUUGUGCUGCUAAUUUAUUGUAUCAGUAGUUGGCAGUUCAAUUUGAAAACACUAAAUACAAUGUAGCAUAAAUAUGCUAUACAGCUUCUUGGUAUCGGCGAUGCACCUCCUGCAACUGAAUCCUGUGACGUAAAUGGCCACUGAUUUCACAAAGGCAUUUCAUAGUAUUGUAAAUCAUAGCUCAAAACUGAUAUAUUGCACUUAGAAGUGAAACAAUAUGAUAUUUUAAAGCUAAUUCUCUUUAAAUUUUAACAUUUUUUAGAUACAUUUUGUCUCCUUUUUAAAGGUAACAAAAACAGAAGCCAGAUUACAUUUAACUAUUUCAGCACAUCAACAUUCAAAUCCAUCUGUCAGUGUACCAUUACUUAAGGAGACAUAAGAAAACACAAAAAGCUUACGGAAGUGUCCUGCCAGCAACCAUGUAAAUAAUGAUAUCAAUUUGAGUUUCCAUAACUAAAUUCUACAUUCUUUUUUUUAUAUUAUUGGAAACACUUGCAUUUUCAAAGUUAAAUACAUAUCUACAAAUAUACCUCAUGAAGAUAGACCAUUAAAGAAGAAAUAUGAAUCGUCAAGUAGCCCAAUUAAAAUUCUUUUUGCAUUUUGCUAGGGAUUUAAGACCAUAUUUCCCAAACCUUCUGAGAUGUCUAAGGAAAAGAAUAUAAUGUAAUAGGAUGUGCCUUGUUGACCCAUGAAUUGUAUUAGAGAAGAUUAGUGAUGAAUCCUGAUUUGCAUUAUUGAUAAAUUGUUUACAGUUUUUUUUUGUCAAAUACAUCAAAAUGUCUCUUUAGUAACAGUCAAAACAUUUUAAAGCUAUCACAUAUUGCAGUUAGGGUAGAAACUACAUAUUUAUUUUAAAGAUAUAGUUAGGGAGAAAUGCGGUAACUAUAAAGUUGCCUCUUUUAGCCCGGGUAGCUAAUCCUGUUUUAAGCAUAGUUUGUGUUCAUUCUCUGAGGUCAAAGCCUUGUGUUAUAAAUAUUUGCAGACGAUAUUUGGAUAGGCAGCUUAUUCCACAUGGGAUCAAUAUUGGUACUUCAAUAAAUGGCUAUAGCAUUCAGUUGUAGAAGGAUUAACAUAAUAAUAAUAAUCUGUCAUUUGAGAAUUAGCUUGAUUAUUUGUAUGAAGAAAAUAUUUAAAACAAAAAAAAAGCCAUAGAAAUGUAUUUAUUUUUUAUUUAACAUUCAUUUUUCUCAAAUACUCGCUAUACAGAAAUAUUUUUUAUUACUUUUGCUGUGUAAUUUUUUUUUAUAAUUACUAUGUGGGAAUUGUAUGCAUAUAACUUUAUUUUUAACCCCUUUCCUGACAAGGCUUUGCAUUUGACUGAAUGCAUAUCCAGCAGUUAAGAGGUUAAAUAUUAAUUUGGCUUAAUUUGUACUAGCCUUUAUUUAAAGCCGCUCUUUCACUGCAGGGGAAGCCAACAUUUUAUUUAAGGACAAUAUCAUGUUGGCAUCUCUUACAGCAAUGACCAUUAAAGUAGUUUUAGUUUCAUAUCAUCAGUUCAAAUCACAUACAGAAUCUGAUGUUUCAUUGCUGGCAUUGUUAGAUAUACUGUUAAAGGGAAACACUACCAAAUAGCAGCUAUAUCUUACCUGGAAGUGGACUUUGCAUUGUCUAUCAUCAGUUCUGUAGAUAGGAGUGAAUAUAGAUCCUUAAACUGCACCAAUAUUAGAUAUGCCCUUGACAGUAACAGUUUUACACACACAUAUAUAAAAUAUGUGUGUAUAAAUAUUAUCUGUGUGUUCCUAUACAAACAUGAACACAGUGCAGCCUUUCUAGUAUAUAUAAUUGGGUCCAGAGUACAUAGUUCUCAAUAGGUCUGAAAGCAUUUUCUGUAUCAAAUCAUAGGUAACCCUGUAGUGUUCAGAUUCCAAGUGCAUUAUUGUUUUAUUUUGGUGGGGGGGGGGGGGGGCUUUUUUAAGAAAUUGUGUAAAUUGAAAACAAUUCUCUAUACUCUGUAGUUUACUGGUAUCCUGGUUGCUCAUUAUGUAUUUGUACAUUUCUGAAUUAUUGUAAUGCUUUUAAGAUAUGUGGUGUAUACUUGUUUUCAGCUUGUUUUGAACCAAUAACAACAGCAUAUCUUUAAAAAGCUGCAAAUAAAUAUCAAUUUUCUUUUACUCAUA